UGGCGUUGAUGGAAGCAUUCGUUGGCGAAUUGAUCGAUCUCAAUGUAAGCGAGGAGCUGAAAAACCAUAUUAACUCUAGUGCAACCAACUUGGGUGAUCCAGAAGACAAUACUUCACGGGAUAACCUGAAAUUAAACGACGAGUUCCGUGAACUGAAAAAUGAACUCAAAUGUGCAAAAAUUGAAUUAGGCUACUCGAAAAGGCUACUGAGUGAGUUAGAAAGGUCGGUGGAAAACCAACAAUUACUUAUUUCCAAUUUAACAUCAAACCAAAACAAACCCAGGAAAAUGACCUUGCACCAGGGAAAUACCGACGUUGCCACUAUGACAAAUUUUUCUAGGGCUAACGGAAAAAGUCAAAAAUCUGAUGUUGCCACGUCGGUGAGUGUGUCAGACAAUGGCAGGAAAAAUGAAGUUGUCAAGUUCCCGCCUCCCUCGGUGAAGAUUGACCCCAAACUACAACCUAACACAGAGGAGAAAAUAAUCAAGAAAUUGGAACGUCCGAUGAGCAUCACAGUUGGGCAAAAUCGAAAUUCAGAAGAUUUCACCGGAAUUCCAAAAUUAUGCUGGUUACAUCUGGGUAGAGUUAACAUGAAUACAAAUAGGGAACAAAUAUUGGAUCAUCUUAAGAAGACCUUUGGGAGAGAUGACUUCGUCGUGGAACAGCUGCCUAAAAGGGAUGAUGCGAAGAGUAUAUCGUUUAAGAUCGGAGCUGAUAUCAGUUUAUUAAGUGACGUUUAUGCCGGGGAUAAAUGGCCUGAGAAUGUGACGCUCCGGAGGUAUUUCUUUCGAGGCUCCAACAGAGCGCAAUGGUCGAACUAGUGACAA